AUGGCUGCACCAGCCGACGACAAUAUCUUUCGUAUUCUAGUCGCCACGGACAUGCAUCUGGGGUACGCCAAAAACGACCCGACACGAAGCCUCGACAGCCUUGAAACCUUGCAAGAAGUAUUGGAACUGGCCAUCGGUAACAAUGUGGACUUUAUGCUAUUGGCCGGCGACCUUUUUCAUGACAACCAGCCGCCGCGAUUUGUAUUGCACCAAACCAUGACCCUCUUUCGCCAGUUCUGCCUGGGUGACCGGCCCUUGCGUUUCCAGGCCCUGUCCGACCCCACAGAUAGCAUCAAGACGGCCUUUGGCUACAACUUUGAAGAUCCCAAUUACAAUGUCAGCCUCCCCGUCUUUUCUAUCCACGGCAACCAUGACGAUCCCCAGGGUGACGCUGGCCUCUGUGCUCUCGACCUCUUGAGCUCUGCCAACGUGAUUAACCACUUUGGCCAAGUCAUGGACCUUGACAAGAUCCAUGUCGUUCCCAUCUGCCUUCAAAAGCAAAACACAAAGUUGGCCCUCUACGGCAUUGGCUCAAUCCGCGACGAACGUCUCCAUCGCAUCUUCUUGGAACGUCGUAUCUCUUUUGCCCAGCCCGAGGGCGACAACUGGUUCAAAAUUCUUGUCAUCCAUCAAAAUCGAGUCAAACACGGCGAGAAAAACUACAUUCCUGAAUCCUUUCUGCCCGCUGACAUGAACCUGAUUGUGUGGGGCCACGAGCACAAGUGUGAGAUUGAGGUCGUCUCUCAAGAAAACCGACCGGCCAUCACUCAACCGGGCUCCACCGUUGCCACCGCUCUCAGCGCCGGCGAAGCUGAACCCAAGCAUGUUGGCAUCCUGGAAGUUGCGUUGCGGGGCGAGGACCCGUCGUCUUUGCAACCAAAGUAUCGACUCAAGAAAAAGCCCCUGCGCACCGUGCGUCCCUUUGAGUUUGCGGACAUGGUGCAUGAGCUGAUCCGGCGGUCGGCGGAAAACUACCAAGCCCGUUUCGGCGACGCAGAUGCCAUCAAGCUACCUUUGAUUCGCUUGCGCGUCGACUACUCAGGGGGCUACCCGACCAUCAGCUCCCAACGCUUUGGACAAAAAUACGUAGACAAGGUGGCCAAUCCAAAGGACAUCCUCCUCUUCCAUCGCCGCAAACUGCGCUCAACCAGCAAUAUUCAAGGAUCAGCCACCGACCCCAUCGAUGAUCGACCGCUUCGCCCUGACGCAGCCCAAGUUGCCAUCAGCGACCUGUUGCAGUUGGAUCGCAUGCAGCUGCGAGUUCUCCGCCCGGAGGGUCUACGACGCGUCUUACAGAAGUUUGUGGAGCACGAGGAAAACUCUGCCGUGGCCGAAUAUGUCAAGACCGAGCUUAUUCAGCAGCGCCACUUGAGUGAGGAUUUGCCUGAGGUUGAUGAAUUACGACCUGCCGCUCUCGAGGAUCCCCCACCGACCUCAGCCGCCGGCUCAAGUCGCACAUCACGUGCAGCACAAGCUGGUGGCACACGAAACAGUAUCAAUGCUGCCCCGCGCCAGCGAGGCGGCUCUCGCGCUUCAGCUAGUUUGACGGUGCAACGAGCCUCGGAUGCGACGCCUAUGUCUGCCAACGAUGCAGCACCCAUCUUUCAACGAGCUGCAGCUCGUCAGCGCCGUCAACCCGUUGAGAAACGCGGCGCUUCUCCCACCUCUCAUGGAGCGACAUCAGAUGAUGCCAUGACGACCCGCCAUUCAGACGUGGAGGAUGAUGAAGACCACAUGGACUCUGACGACGCAGCUUCACUGGCCCCGAGUGCCGUGACGCACGUGACGGAUAUAAGCCAAGUGUCUCGCAUCGGGGCUUCAACCCAGUACCUGCGCACCCAAGGCAAACGUGACGAUGGCUUGCUUGAUCAAGAGAGUGACGACGAGGACUAUCAAGCAAGACGCCGCAGCCGCAAGCGCAGCAAACGUCGUUAA